UAAACUUUUAUAAAGUUGUAGAUAAAACUGGCUUUUCUUCUUCUACUGCGAAUCUCUUCUUCGUCCAAACCCUAAAUCGUGGCCUCCGGAGCGCCCCAUGGGAUCGAGUUUCUGAGACUUAUAAAUUUAGCAAACUGAUUCGAUUUGCUUCACCAAGCAUAUAGCUCUCAGAAAAAACCCAAAGCCAUGCCCCAUUCUCAUCAAUCCCAUGUAUCCAUCCACACCAGAUCAGUGUGGUCCUCCAAUCUGGAAUACGAGUUCCAAUUGAUCCGAUCCGUCAUCGACUCCUACCCUCUCAUCUCCAUGGACACCGAAUUCCCCGGCGUCGUCGUCCGCCACGACACCGCCGAUCCUUCCUUCAGUUACCACCAACCCGCCGCUCAUUACGCCGUCCUCAAAGCCAACGUGGAUCGCUUGCACCUUAUUCAGAUCGGCCUCACUCUCUCCGACCACAAUGGCAACCUUCCCACACUCGGCACCUCCGACUCCUUCAUAUGGGAAUUCAACUUCAGAGACUUCGACGUGGCGCGCGAUGCCCACGCUCAUGACUCGGUCGAGUUGCUGAGGCGCCAGGGCAUCAAUUUCGAGAAGAACCGCGUGUUCGGGAUCGACUCGUUCCGCUUCGCCGAGUUGAUGAUGUCUUCGGGUCUCGUCUGCGACGGUUCCGUGAGCUGGGUAACGUUUCACAGUGCUUAUGAUUUCGGGUACCUGGUGAAGUUGCUGACGCGGCGCGCUUUGCCGGAGGAGUUGGUGGAGUUCCUCCGUCUCGUGAGGGUGUUUUUCGGGGACAGGGUUUUUGAUGUGAAACACCUUACGAGGUACUGCUCGAAUCUUCAUGGUGGGUUGGACCGGGUCUGCCGGUCCCUGAACGUGGAAAGGGUUGUUGGUAAAAGUCAUCAAGCCGGUUCGGAUAGCUUGCUUACUUUGCACGCAUUUCAGAAUAUCAGAGAGGUUUAUUUUGGCGAAUCAGAUUUGCUAGUCCAGUGUGCUGGUGUCUUGUAUGGUUUAGAGGCUUUCUGAUGUUUCCCAUGUCAUCAAAUAUCAAUUUCCUUUAGGUUUCUUUUUCCAACAUUGAGUAAAAAGUGUACACAUUUCUGCCUUAUCAAUAUGAUUAGGAAUUAUUAAUUCU